UGCCAUGUGGUUACCAACUGCGCUCCUGUGCGCUAUAUCCGUAAUACAUGCGUCGACCAGCGCAUCUGUCGAACCUGGCACUGAUGUUGUGGCCAAGUGGAAAGCCAUUGAAUCGAAUGCAAAGUCGAUGGUUCAGAAGCUCAUCAGCAUGUCCUAUCGGGAAGUGCUUCCACUGAUUCACGAGGCGGAGCUCUCUAGUGAGUGCUUCAUCAGCCUGACCAGUGUUCUCAGGGGCCUGCAGGAGCUCAACACCGAUAUCGUCAGACUGCUGGAUGCAUCGGGAAAAAUACCCAGUGGUUUCUCCGACGGCAGCCUAGCGGAACUGGGAGACUACGAUCUGUGCCUUCGCCUUGUGGUCCGCAAGAGUACGCCGUCCGGCGUAGGCGAGAAGCUUUUCCGCGGACAAUACUGCAGCUUCACUCUGGACCCUCCCCUUCCCCCGAGACCACCAGUGAUCAGGAACACCGAGCCACUCAUCGACAGCAGCAGUUUCGCCAAUCACUCGGCAAUCAAGGAGACCCUCGAUGUGUCUUGGGGACUGUACACCACCAGACUCCGAAUGGGCGUCUGUGUACCGGAUCAGUGCUCGCCUCCCGAGAUACACAGGAUGCUCCAGGCAGUGUCCGGAAAAUUGCUGCUCAGUACCACUCUACUCGGCUGUGAAGUUAGCGAUGUGGUGAGGCUGAACAAUUCGCAAAUUGCGUCAAUAUUUAUUCUUGGUGGGUUCGUCGUAACUGUUUUGGCAGCGACUUUCUGUGACAUCGUGUUGGGCUGCUUAAAGGAUCAGGGCCGCUACAACAACAUGCCAGGCGAACUACUCCAAUCGUUCUUCAAGUUAUCGCUGCCACGGGUUACGUACAAGCUGUUCAAAGUUGGAAACUCUAAUACCAGCCUCAAGGUGUUGAAUGGCCUCCGAAUUUGCGGUGUCUUCUGGGUGGUGACUUUCCAUACGUACAUUUAUCCGGACAUCGGCACAUACCGCGCUCUCAGGGAGCUCCAAAAAAAUGCCAUCUACAUUCCGUUCCAGUUCAUUAACAACGCUUGGCUCUGUGUCGACAUGUUUUUCUUCAUCAGUGGAUUUCUGAUAAUAUAUAAUCAGCGGAAGAUUCCAUCCAAGAGUUCUUUAUGCCGCUUCUAUGUGAAAAGCUUGAUUCAACGAUACUGGAGACUCAUCCCACUGGCCAUGCUCGUGAUGCUUAUACUGUUCCUGGAGCCGUUGUUUGGGUCUGGUCCCAUUUGGAAAGAGAAGAUAAAUUCCGAAGUGCGCAACUGCGAGAUUCACUGGUGGUCGGUGCUUGGAGGAUUCUCGAACUUCUUCCACGUCGAUGACACGUGCAUUAUACAUUUCUGGUAUAUCAGCGCUGAUCUUCAAAUUUACGCUGCCGCUGUGGCAUUGUCCCUGCUAUCCCUAAGGAAGCGGAGGCUGAGCAUCACGAUAAUGCUCGCCUGUGUCAUUGCAUCGAUGGUCAUGGUAGGAGUGCAAACAUACCUCAGCGAGUACCCACCCACCAUGUUUCUGUUCGGCAGAGAUGUGAAGUUUGCUCUCAUUAUGAAUCGCUGGAUGUACCUGCUGCCACAUACACAUGUGGGUCCCUACUUCCUUGGUGCACUCACUGCCUUCGCCUACGAGCGAUACCGACAAUCGAAGAUCCCUGUGCUACUGCAGUCCGUCCUCUGGGCUUUGUCACUGCUGUUCGUCGGAGCAUCACUCUUUGCUGCGGCUCCCUGGGGCCUAGGCGACUUGCCGACUCUUCCCGUGACAGUCACCUAUGCCACCACGCACCGCAUCGCCUGGGCGCUGGGCUUGGCCUGGAUUGUUUUCUCCUGCGCCACAGGAAGAGGGGGCGUGGUCAACUCGCUGCUGUCCUGGGAUGCCUUGGUGCCGCUGGGAAGGAUGUCCUAUUCAAUAUAUUUGGUGCACGCGUACUUGGUAUUUUACAAGGCCUGGACAAUCCGACAGCGCAUCGAAAAUCACCACUUCCAAAUUAUGUCUUCGGCUGUUUCCAGUUUCAUGAUGGCUAUAGCCGCGGGAUACCUGGUGUACGUGUUUCUUGAGCAUCCCUUGGUUCUCGCCUGGGACAUGGCCAACAAGUGGAUCAACAAGCGCGCCAUGGAAGUAACAACCAAUGCCGAAAAAAGCCCUGGUGCCCUCACGGUGGUUGUGGAAUCGGAGCAACCACCGAACUGCAGGGGCUGAAAGGGCACGAACACCAUUCACACUCAGGAGAAAUCUGUGCUCGAAGGGGAAACACGUAAUCUGGUCGUCGACAGCGUCCGCCUAAACCCCACCAAGGCUGCCUUCUGUUUGCGUGUAGAGACAAGGGGUCCCAAAAGUUAUCGAGUCACAUCUUUCGCUUGAGCCAUAAUACGACCAGUCACAAUGGGCAUCAGAACGACAUCUCGAUCACCAGAGCCUACACCGGCCGUUAGAUAUUAAUAUAGGUGAACACAUUUUACAAAUUGGCUCCAUAUACUUUCGUUAGCAUAACUGUCCAGGAGAAUUCACGAGUGCUCGUCGUGAGGCAGAUAUUUUGCCACAACUUACCGGGUUUCUCUUCACAUGGAAUAUAUUACCACAGCAUUUUAAAACGAUAAAUCAAUUGCUUAUGAUCACCUUCGACUGAAAUACUAAUGAAAGGUUUUAAACCGAGCUUUGUCGUACAUAUUACUUGACAUCUUCGGAACUGCGCAAAGAAAGAGGCAGUAAUAGACGAACACAAGCCGCAGAUUAUAAACCAGCAUUUAUUCGAAAGACA